UUAACCAGGGAAGCAUAUAUGGUAAUAUAAACUACAAGGCAAGAGCGCAUUCUCUGCCUUUUAUUCCAGUGUUUGACAGAACUGUCGAUACUAGAGAGCUACUUCACUUACCAAGUUGGAGCUCGGAGUUCGGUGUACAUUGGUACUAUAGCUACACAGGACCAGCUGACUGAUGCGACUAUGUUUUAUUUGAUGACAUGAAGUCAGCCCUAUAACGCUUGCUGAUUGAGUGCACGUCCCCAUCAAAGAAAUAGCUCUUGGUCUCUGCUCUACUUGUCUGCUGUGAGGGAGCUCAGGGCUGUGACUGGUAAGCAGUGAGAAUUCUCCACCCCAGACAGACGGACAGAGUGCCUCUGUCCGGUGCCCCUGCUCUCCUUUUCAUGGAUGCCAGGCUGGCCCUGCUGCAGCUUGGGACUCUCCUGGGUCUCCUGUCCUUAGCACUGGAGUUUACUGCUGAACCGACCGCAGCCGAGGAGGUCUACACUAACACCUGGGCAGUCCAUAUAGAGGGAGGACCACAAGAGGCUGACCGCAUCUCCAGGAAACAUGGUUUCAUCAACCACGGCAAUGUGUUUGGGAGUUAUUAUCACUUCCGGCAUCACACCGUGGUGAAGAGAUCCCUAUCAGGCCACAGGGGAACACACGUACGACUACAGAAGGAACCACAGGUGAGGUGGGCGGAACAGCAGGUGUCUAGGCGGAGGAAAAAGAGGGAUGUCUACACCGAACCAUCCGACCCCAAAUUCCCCCAGCAGUGGUACCUGGUGAGCAAGUCCAACCCCAGCCAAGCAGACCUGAAUGCCAAGGGAGCUUGGUCCCAGGGUUACACUGGGAGAGGAGUUGUGGUCACCAUCCUGGAUGACGGUAUAGAGAAAGACCACCCAGACCUGGCCACCAACUAUGACCCUGAGGCCAGCUAUGAUGUCAACGAUGGAGACUCUGACCCCCAGCCACGCUACACACAGCGCAACGAGAACAGACAUGGAACACGGUGUGCUGGGGAAGUUGCUGCAGCCGCCAACAACAAUGUAUGUGGGGUGGGCGUGGCAUACAACACCAAAAUUGGAGGUGUGCGUAUGCUGGACGGGGAGGUGACAGACAUGGUGGAGGCCCACUCCCUCAGCCUGAACUCACAGCACAUCCACAUCUACAGCGCCAGCUGGGGCCCAGAGGAUGAUGGGAAGACGGUAGACGGCCCCGCCAAGCUAGCCAAGGAGGCCUUCCUCCGAGGAGUCACUGAGGGCCGAGGCAGGCUGGGCUCCAUCUUUGUGUGGGCAUCGGGGAAUGGUGGUCGUGAGAAGGACAGCUGUAACUGUGACGGCUACACCAACAGCAUCUACACACUAUCCAUCAGCAGCACCACCCAGUACGGCAUGGUACCCUGGUACAGCGAGGCCUGCUCCUCCACCCUCGCCACCACCUUCAGCUCUGGGAACCCCAACGAGAAACAGAUAGUGACUACAGACCUGAGACAGAAGUGUACAGACUCCCACACGGGGACGUCAGCCUCAGCCCCCCUGGCUGCUGGGAUCAUCGCACUGGCUCUGGAAGCCAAUAUGAACCUGACGUGGAGGGACAUGCAGCACCUGGUGGUGAGAACUUCUCACCCCGCCCACCUCAGCACGGACGACUGGAGUACCAAUGGAGUUGGCCGCAGAGUGAGUCAUUCGUAUGGGUAUGGUCUGCUGGAUGCGGGGGCCAUGGUGGCUCUGGCUCAGAACUGGACAAGUGUGGGCCCACAGCACCAGUGUGUUCUCACCAUGCUCUCAGAGCCUAGGGACAUAAGCAGCCGGCUGCUGUUCAGUAAGACAUUGGACGCCUGCUGGGGCAAACCAGAGUAUGUCAGCUCUCUGGAGCACGUCCAGGCCCGCCUCACUCUCUCCUACAACCACAGAGGAAACCUGGCUAUACACCUCAUCAGCCCCCUAGGGACACGCUCUACCCUGCUGGCACCCAGGCCUAAAGACUACUCAUCAGAGGGAUUUAAUGACUGGGCCUUCAUGACCACCCACUCGUGGGAUGAGGACCCUCGAGGGGAGUGGACCCUGGAGAUAGAGAACGUCUCAGAACAAGGGCACGACUAUGGUGUGUUGAGUCAGUUUACUCUGAUCCUGUACGGUACGGGCUCCAGCUUCAUUAACCCCUUGUCUCCUGACUUCCCCCGGCCGUCCAACAACAGCUGCAAGACCUUCGACGCCCAGCAGAUCUGCAUAGAGUGCAGCCCAGGCUUCUCCCUGUUCCUGCAGGGUUGUGUGAAGCUCUGCCCCCCCGGCUUCACCUCAGGCCCCCAGCUCCUCAACCUGUCCCUGGACAACUGGGUGGACUUGUCCUCCGUCCAGGCCUGCCUGCCCUGCCACCCUGCCUGCCUCACCUGCUCCGGCCCUGGGCCCAACGACUGCCUCUCCUGCCCCCCUCACAGUCACCUGGUCCUCACCGCCUGCCUGCACCAGAACCAAGUCCAGCGCAUGUCCCCAACCGGCCAAGUCCUCCAGGGAGAGGGGAGUGGACCAGGGGAGAGUCCAGUGGGGUCAGAGCAGGGGGGAGAGGGAGAGCCUCCAGGGCCUAACCUGGGCCUGUCCUCCCCUCUGAUUACCCUGCUUGCAGUGCUCAGCUGUGCCUUAAUCUUGGCAGCCUUCGCCGGGGUCUUCCUCCUGCUGCAGCUGCGCUCUGGUGGCGCCCCCUGGGCCCGAAGGACCAAACUGCACUCUGUGGAGACAGGGGGAGGGGCCUCGGGAGGCAUCCGUGUGGGCAUUGGCUUUGGCCUGGGGCUGGGCUGGGAAAGGCAGGGCAGGGUGUCUUAUAAGGGGAUCCCCACUGUGUGGAGGGACGAGGACCAGGUAACACUGGGGGGCUCUGAAUCGGACAGCGAGGAGCUAGACUGCCACAGUGAGAGGACAGCCUUUAUCAGGACACAGAGCUCCCUCUAGCCCCCUCUCUGACCCCUACAUCUGGGGGAAACUCUCUUCAGAGGGGUUGGUCUCUCCGGCCCCUCCCUCUGCUAGAGCUCAUGGGUCUGUGGUUUGGGUCUGGCUCAGGCCUCGUCCCUUGCUGAGACUGAUACACAGAGAUGCUGAUCCAGGGAUGUGAUGGCAGCCCAGCAAGCACCUCCAGGUCCACUGAUUCACCCUCAAGCAUUAAUCAACAUAAAAUGUUUUAAUUCUAUAAGUACCAUAUUUUAUUGUAUAUUGUUUUCCUUUGCUUUUAAAGACUUUAAUAAGAUUAUUCCCCUGGCCCAAGGAUCAUGGUAAAGGGAAACUACAGUUUCUGAAUUGAGUUGGGGAGCCAUAGUUUUCGCUAAUGUUUCCCAUUGACCUUAUUUUUGUUGCGGUAUAGACAUGGCCCUGAGCCUCUGUCCUAAUAUGAGCAGGCAUGGAAGAGAUGUCUGUAUGUAUCAGCAUAUGUGUGUGUGUAUGUGUGACAGUCCCUUUGUGCACAAGAGCUAAAUAGCCACCCAACACAGUUUCUGAGUGAAUGAAGAACACAGCAGGGUUUAUUUAAUGUACAAUAGAGAGAGAAAGAGAACGUUUGGAUUUGUAAAUUAGAUUCUCUCUGUGAUAAACACCUUCUGAUUAAACUUUUUCCUACUGCU